AUGACAAAGGAUGAAACGACAUUUACCAACGCGGAAGAAUUCAUCCCAGAUCGCUUUCUUAACACAUCGGAUCGCAAGUUGAUCAAUUUCACGAUGCCAUUUGGUUUUGGAAGACGCCAGUGUCCAGGCAAUUACGUGGCCUGGCGGUCAGUCUUCAUUAGCGUUGUGACAAUACUCUGGGCGUUCGACAUCAUGCCGCCGGUCGAUGAGAACGGCAACAAAGUGCUACCUUCUGCAGACAGCUUCACAACUGGCCUCGUGACACGACCAGAACCUUUCAAGUGCUAUUUCGAGGCUAGAAGCUCUCAAGCAAAGGACAUUAUCAUGCAAGAGGCCGAGAGAGCUGAAAUUGACGCCUGCGCCUGGAAUGAAUUGACUGUAUCAAAGAGCGGCGGUCUCCCAACUGAUGUAGGUAUCCAUAUAGAGGUCCAGAGCAUUAGCCAAGGAGGGGGUGAAAUGUCCGCCGGAAAAGGCGCAUCUUCUGUUGAGGUGACCCCGAAGCUUUAUCAACUGCAAGAGCACGAACGUUGUGAGUUUGCGCUACGUCUCGAACAUCGCAGCAAAAUGGUGGCAACUGGAUGGGAGAGGGACCAUCAGGCUUUCCUGACAACAGGAGAUAUAUCAUUCGGUUUGCCCCCAAUCCGUCUGGAGUCGGAGGUGCAAGAUUUGGGUCAAAGGGACUAUAUGUGA